CUGCCUAGGCAACUUUUCUUCUCAGAUCUCAGAUCUACUCCUCACCCACCUCCUGAAAAAGUUUGGCGUGAGACACACACACAAGAGUUUUCUUUCCCCAAAGGCCAGCCAAGAUGCAAGGCGCCGCCGCGGCCGCCGAGAGGAGGAGCAGGGCUUCGCCUGACAAGGCCGACGAGAGCUCUAAGAAGGCGCGGCUGGACCUGCCCGACGGCCACAUGAAGCAAGAGGCAGCCGGUGGAGGAGAUGGAGGCGCCAUCGUUGGGGCGGCGUACAUCCAGCGAGUGGAACUCGCCGUGAGGAUCGACAAGCAAGUGCUCCACUGCCCCCUCUGCACCCUCCCCUUCAAGCCCCCGGUCUUCCAGUGCAAAGCGGGGCACCCGGCAUGCGGCAGCUGCGUGGCCCUGCUGCCCUUCGGGCAGUGCAAGGCAUGCGUGGACGGCGGCGGCUUCUUCGACCCCUGCCCUGCGCUGGACGGCGUGGUGUCCUCCACCAGGAUCGGGUGCCCCAACGCCGGCUGCCAGUGGUACGUGAUCUACCACGAGGUCGCCGAGCACCAGAAAGUGUGCCCGCACGCGCCUUGCCGGUGCACUGAGCCCGGCUGCGGCUACGUCGGCGCGCCGCAGGCGCUUGCCGGUCACCUCCACACUGUCCACUUGGUGCCGGUGCGCGCCGUGCAGUACGGCAAGGUCAUCAAGCUUCAACUACCGGUGUCGACCACGCGGCUGGUGCUCCUUGGCAACGACAACUGCGUGUUCCUCAUGACCGUGGGCGCGCUCGGCGCCGGUGUGACGGCCGUGUCUGUGGUGUGCGCCAGGGCGAGAGCGGCGACGCGGCCGCGGUUCACGUGUAAGAUGUGGGUCAACCUGGAGACACCCCUGGCAGCAGUGGCGAACUGCGGCAAGGAGGGCAUGGUGCUCGUGGACAUGCACAUGAGGAGCAGCUCAUCGCCCGGGGCCGUGGUUGCUGCGGGCGAGCCCACGUUCCUGACAGUGCCGCCAAUGUACCUGGUGCCAGUAGCAGGAGACGGGGCAUCCAUGGAAGUUCCCCUGUACAUCCGCAUCGAUAAGCUCUCCCCUUGAUCUGACGCAUUGGUGUGAUUAGGUCAGCUGCUGGGAAACAAAGGAUGCAUUCAAGGCAGUUCAUGCUUAUUUUGGAGUUGCAGCUGAAACUAUUUGGCUGAUGUUAAUUAUUAGAUGCAGUUCAUCUUUAUUGUCAUUGUUGGGUACUGUAUUCAAAUCGGAGGAUAUUAUGCUUCGUUAAUCAUGUUCUGAUAUGCAUCUUCUUCCGUUGUUAUGUCA